AUGCUCUUCAUUCGGAAAGCCGCAAUUGGUGACUUAAGCGACAUUACAAACAUUAUAGAAUCCGCCAAGAUUUUUCUAAAGUCGCAAAAUAUUGACCAAUGGCAGAAUGGCUAUCCCAAUCAAGAGCAAGCAAGAGUCGAUAUAGCAGGAGGUCAAUGUUAUGUUUUGAUUUGCAAUAACGAGGUUGCUGCAGUUGGAACAAUUACUACAGAUGUUGAUCCAUCUUACACAACCAUACAAGGAAGUUGGAGGAAAGAUUCAAGAAAGAGCUAUGCCUCUCUCCAUCGUUUGGCUGUAUCUGAGCGUUUUCGAGGGAAGCACCUGGCACAAGAAUUGUUGUCCGGCAUGAUUAUGAAAUGUAAAGAACUGGGAUUUGUUGAUGUUAGAGUUGAUACCCACAAGCAAAACAAAGUUAUGCAAGCCUUAUUAGUGAAGAAUUAUUUUGAAUAUCGAGGAGUUAUCUACAAAAAUGAGAAUCGUUCCUCAAGAAACGCUUAUCAAUUACUCCUUCAUUAG